CCCCGCCGCGGACGCCCCGCCGCGCCGCCGUGCCGGCCCCCCCCUCGGCAAGCCCGGGCGGGGCGGGGCAGCCCACGCGCCAUGGUGAUCCCCAUCGGUGGCAUCGGCACGCCCCUGGCGGGGCCCCCGCCCCCCGAGGUGUGGCCGAGGUUCCAGGUGAUCAAGAAGUGCGUGUUCGUCAUGAUGGCUUGCGUGUGUUUCCAGAUCAUUGCGUCGAUUAUGCUUAACAUGUCGGCCUCGGAGGUCAUUUUCGCGCCGCUGAACCUGGUCCUCAACACGGUCAUCGGCAUCUUCUUGCUGAGGGACGACCCGCAGGUUGUGCAGAUCUACCAGUUCCUGGCCACAACAUGCUGCUCGUGGUGCUCGGAGCAGUGCGGCGGGGGGAUGAGCUGCCUCGUCACUUUCAUCGCUUGCAACCUGAUCAUGGUGGUGUUCGACGUCCUGUUCAAUCACAUCAUCAGCUUUUUCAUAGACGGCUUCAAGACGCUCACCGACGGUGCGCAGCAGUGGCCGAACCAGUAUUUCGGCUUCGCCUUCGCGCUGUACAUGGUCGCGAAGCUCGGGGCCUUCCUAGCGGAGAUCGUGGGUUCGUGGCACGGCUACAAGGCCUACAGGGAAGCCCAGAACUCCGGGGUCACCAGCUCCGGCGGCGACUGGGGGCGAUCCUCGGGCGGCUCCGCGCUCAGCGGCGGCACCAUGCCGUUGGCGCGGGACCAGCCCGACGCGCCCGCGAGAGAGUCCAGACCGGCGCCGGGGUUCCAACCAUUCAGCGGCGGUGGAAAUCGGCUUGAUAGCGGCGCGUAGGUGCCAUGUGAGUAUGCGCAUUUCAAUAUUUUACCUGCUCUCAAGUCUUCUCCAUUCAAUCCUGCUGAUGCUGGUUAAUCUUGUCUGUGCGCUCCUCCUCCUUCUGUCCUCCGCCCCCCUCGGAGCGCGGGCCCUCGACGGCGCGCGCCCCGGAAGUGGAUGGGAGCGGCCGACCCUCGAUCUGCUGGUUAGAGCCCUGCGAGGGUGCG